UUCUGCCUUUUGUUUACACCAUUAACAUCACAUGCAGCGGUGCCGGACGACUUUUCGAAAUAUCUAUUCUGUAACCUUUUUGGCUGAUUUUUGUGGAUGAUUUGUCUGCCGCAGUUUUGAUCUCUGGAUUGCCGGUGGAGCUGCAUUAGCGCGUUUGUCGACGUCGAUUUGCCGGAAUUUCUUUGUUUCUGCGCGUUUGUUGAGAUUUUUUGCGUCUUUAUUUAGUGAUAUUCUGUAGUAGAUUCAGGCGCUAGUGUAAUGGAGAAGGAGAGGAAAAAGUAUCCGAUUGGAGCAGAACAUUACACAUUAAUUGAGGAGGUAGGGACGGGAGUCAGCGCUUCGGUUCACCGUGCGCUGUGUAAAUCGCUCGACAACGAGAUUGUCGCCAUCAAAAUUCUCGACUUUGAGCGUACUAAUUGCGAUCUGAAUAACGUUUCACGCGAAGCACAAACAAUGGUCCUUGUUGACCAUCCCAAUGUUUUAAAAUCGCACUGCUCCUUUGUCAGCGAUCACAAUCUGUGGGUUGUAAUGCCUUAUAUGGCUGGUGGCUCUUGCCUGCACAUCUUAAAGGCUGUACAUCCUGAUGGCUUAGAGGAGGUUGUCAUUGCAACAAUCUUACGGGAGGUGUUGCAAGGCUUGGUCUAUCUUCAUCAACAUGGCCACAUUCACCGGGAUGUCAAAGCUGGCAAUGUUCUUAUCGAUUCACGUGGUGGAAUCAAACUGGGAGAUUUUGGUGUUUCUGCUUACUUGUUUGAUGCAGGUGACAGACAACGCAUGAGGAAUACUUUUGUGGGUACUCCAUGCUGGAUGGCACCAGAGGUUAUGGAGCAAUUGCAUGGUUAUGACUUCAAGUGUGUUAAUCUUUUUCCAAGAUUCAUGUUUCAUUUAAUCUUAAUUUUCAAUCAAUUUCUUCUCUGCUGGGUAAACAAUUUCUGCAGAGCUGAUAUUUGGUCUUUUGGCAUAACUGCUUUGGAGCUGGCACACGGUCAUGCCCCUUUCUCAAAGUAUCCUCCAAUGAAGGUUUUACUUAUGACAUUGCAAAAUGCACCACCUGGUCUUGAUUAUGAGAGAGACAAAAAGUUUUCCAAGUCCUUUAAGCAGAUGAUUGCUAUUUGUUUGGUGAAAGAUCCUACAAAAAGGCCUUCUGCAAAGAAGUUGUUAAAGCAUUCUUUUUUCAAGAAAGCUAGAUCUAAUGACUAUAUUUCUAGAACUCUUCUGGAAGGUCUCCCAGACCUUGGUGAUCGCCUCAAGGAGUUGAAGAGGAAGGAGGAAGAUAUGCUGGCACAAAAGAAAAUGCCAGAUGGUCAAAAGGAGGAAAUAUCCCAGAACGAAUAUAAACGAGGGAUUAGUGGCUGGAACUUCAAGCUUGACGAUAUGAAGGCUCAAGCUUCAUUGAUACAGGAUGAUGAUAUUAUUCCUCAGAAAGAUGAAGAAAUGCAAGUUAAAGACCAGCCAUCCUUGGACAAAAGUUCAAAAGGAUUUCAACAUCAGUUGUCCUUUGCUAGUCAAUAUUCUGACCCUGCAGAUUCUGAUGAAAACACCCCUGCGUCUCUCUCAUCAGUGGACUCUUCAACUUACAUUUCUAAAUGUGAAAAAUCCGAUGAUGAUGGAUGUGCUCCUAGCUCAACUGCGGAGCGGCCACCAAUGAAUGCUUCUCCUGGCAAUGAAAAGCACACAGAAAGCAAAUUAGCAGAAAAGCUUGCCUCAGAUGUCAAUGGAAAAUCAUUAGAUGGGGCUGCAUCAAGUAUUAUUCAAAGCGACAAAGUCCAAAAUCAAUGUCAAAAUUUGUCAAGGGGGGCACACAACAAUCUGCAACCUUCAGAGGCACGGCAUGAGGCAAUAUCCAAAGGUUCAAAAACAGUAGUUAAUGGAGAUGAAAUGGAUGAGAAAGCCAAAAAUCCAGUUAUUCAGCAAAAAGGACGAUUUAAAGUUACAUCAGAAAGUGUUGAGACGGAUAAGAUGGUUGCAGCCCCUUUAAUGCAUAAAAGCCACAGCAUGCAGACGAUUGCACAGCUUCCAGCAAUGCCUUCGAGUUCUGAAGCUAGUCCGUCAAACCACCCUUAUAGUCAUGCUCUUUUUGCCCAUCUGCAGAAUGUUCUACUUACAAACACUCUUCAAAGGGAUAAUAUACUUAGUGCAAUGAAGCAAAUUGCAGUUGGUGAUUUUCCAGAUGCAGCGACCAUGCCGAUGAACAUACAAUUGGCAGAAAAAUCCAUGCUGGAGGCUGCUCAUGAAAGAGAGAAGGACUUGAUUCGUGAGAUAACCGAGUUGCAGUGGAGGCUUGUACGUUGUCAAGAAGAGGCCCAAAAACAUAAAACGGAGAAUUUCGGGUGAACCACUUAGUUACAGUCCGAUGGUAUAGUAUAUAGCUUUCCUAACAUAUAAAAGGACCACAGAUGCACUUGAUGAAAUUAUUAUCUUUCAUUUGAAUUUGUGAUGGAAAGCUUCUCCUAGUUUAGCUACAUUCAGGUUUCAUUUACUCUUGCUUAUCUUUUAUUAGCAGGCUCGAAAAUCUGAAGUUGUAAAGUUUAGCUAAACAUUCUAAAAUCUUUUCAUUCGUACCAAUCGUUAUUUUGUUGUUGGUAUAUAAAA